AUGUCAGAUAAAUCAGAAUAUAAUAAUUAAUUGGUGCAAUAUGGUUUUUAAGGCAAGCAAUUUCCUGUGUCAAUUAAAGCAAAAUAACUAUCAAAUUAUCCACUUAUUAUGGCAUCACUAUUAGUAAUCACAAAUUAAGUUAUAAGAGUAAAAAUAAUUUCCACGAAAGAUACAAUUGGAGUCCCCUUUAAAUAGGAAGAUAUCAAAUCAUUCAUUCAAGAAAUCAUUGAGUAUAAAAAGGAUCUCAACUCCUAAAAGAAGAAACCCAACUAAUGAAGAAGCAUUAUUCAUAACUUUAAAACCUCUAACAAUUAAUCAACCAUCUGAUUUAAGAGCAUAGACAGCUCAUUAUUUUAGAACAGAAUAAGAGAGUCUAAAAGACACUGGAAAAUUAUGGUCUUGCUAAUCAAAGAGGGCAUCACAUUUUUUUCGUUCAAGAAAUAGAUCUGCUCACUAUAAUUAAAAUUAACAACAAUUCAAAAUAACAAGAAAUGGUAGAGUAGAAUUUUUAUGA